AUGUCGAACUUCACUACCAACCCGAGCAACCCCUCCAGCCCUGACCGCGACUGGAAGCCCAAGAACCGGCCUCAAUCCCAGAUCGCCCGCAACUUCUCCGACGCCCUCGACGACAUCUUCAACCUGACGGGCAAGUUCGACGAGGUCGAGAAGGAGGUCGAGCAAAAGCACACCAAGCUCACCACCAAGGAGGCCGAGCUCGAGGCGCUCGAGGCGCGCUUGAAGGCUGCCGAGGAGCGCCUGAAGAAGGCGGGCGCGCCCAUCCCCAAGCCCGAGCCGCCAUCCAGGCCAGCUCCGGGAGCGCCCGCCGCCGCCGGGCCUGCCGACGGCAACAUCCACGGCGGGCGCGGCCACCAGGAGCCCGUCCCGAUGCGCCCGACCCGCGAGCCGCCCACGGUGCCCAACGCCGCCCCGGGCAGAGAGUACGCGAUGCCGAACCGGCCGGCGAGCAAGGGCAUCUCGGCAUAA